AUGAUUUCAACGUUGAUAAACGAUAUUCUCAGGAUUUGUUUACUGUUCAAUGAAUGUGAUGAAGACAAUUGUUAUUCGCAUUUAUUUUCGUAUUUAUCCUCGUCAUUAUCGUUGAUCAACAACGACUCACACAGUAAUACCGUUCAACGUCGUAGAAAAUCAAAGCGUCAACAUUUACCCAUUGUUCAUUCCAUUUCUCAUCCAUCUUUUUUUUCAAAUCGUAUGCAAAUACCACAACAACAAACUUCAUCAAAACAAAUAAUAAUUAAUUUAUCUUCUUCUUCGACAUCAUCAUUAUUUGACUUCGAUUUUCCAGUACAAUUUCGAUUUUUGAAAUCCGGUGAUCAAGAUGAAGUCAAAUUGUUAUGUCGUGAUUGGUUUCCUAUUGAAUAUCCAGAUAAAUGGUACGAUGAUAUAUCAAAUGAAGGAAAAUAUUAUGCUUUAGCAGCAUGUGUUUAUAAUCGCAUUAUUGGACUUAUUGUAGCUGAUAAUUUACAAUUGGUACAUUGUAAUAAAGAGGAUAAAAAUAUUUUAAAUGAAUCUUUUUCAUUAGCCACACAGGUGUGUUAUAUACUGAUAUUGGGCGUUGUCAAAGAAUAUCGUCGUCAUGGUUUAGCUAGUCAUUUGUUAUCACAUUUAUUACGUUAUUUACAUUCAAAAUCGACCUGUAAAGCAGUGUAUUUACAUGUUUUGUGCACAAAUAAAUCAGCAAUUAAAUUUUAUGAAUCAAAACAAUUUCAAUAUCGCCUCUAUUUGCCUUAUUACUAUUCUAUAAAAGGUCAAUUGUAUGAUGGUUACUGUUAUGUAUUGUAUAUUAAUGGUGGUCAACCACCUUAUUCGACUCUCGAUUAUAUAAAUACUCUAUGGAAAUAUCUACUAAAAAUUAAUCCAUGUAAAUUUUUAUAUUCGAUUAAAUAUUGGUGUGAAAAUCGCCUCAAUUAUGAUAUUAAUAAUAACAGUAAUGAUACAAGAGCAAUUAUUGGUUACAAAUCAAUAUCUAGAGUAACCGUGCUAUACUUUGGUCGCGCACGAGAAUUAGUUGGUUUACAACAAGAAAUAUUUACAUUCUCAUCACAAACACAAUAUACUGUAAACAAAAUACUUGAAAUAAUUAUAGAUAGAAGACCAAUACUAAAACCAAUCGUUCAUACAUUUCGUUUAUCACUUGAUCAAGAAUAUUUAAUCGAAACCGACGAAAUUUAUUUUAAGAAUAAAAGUGAAAUUGCUCUUUUGCCACCGUUUGGUGGAGGUAUAACUCGUAAUAAUUUUGAUGGAAAAUCGGUUAAAAAAUUAUUUUAUGAAUCAUAUGAAACAAUGGCAUUAUCUCAAUUAAAAUUACUUUGCUUAAAUACACGAAAAAUAUAUCCAGAUAUUGAACAUAUUGCUAUUCAACAUCGUCUAGGAGAAGUUCCCAUCAGUGAAAUAUCUGUAGCAAUUUAUGUAUCAUCGGCCCAUCGUCGUGCUGCAUUAGACGCUGUUUCACAUUUGAUUGAUGAGCUCAAACAAAAUGUGCCUAUUUGGAAAAAAGAAUAUUACAAUGAUGGUGAUUCAGAUUGGAAAGAAAAUCCAACAAAAUGA